AUGAAGACCGCGCACGUGCACGGACGACAGCUCGCUUGUUUUCGACCCAGGCGUCGAUUUCGCCUCUCGACGGCGUCGCGACCCGCUCAGCUGAGGGGAAAAAGCGACGAGAACAAAGUCGAGAAGAAGGAGGAGGAGGAGGAAGGGGAGGCCCGACUGGACCUCGCGUGCGGCUGCGAGCGCCAAGUGCUCCAGUGUCUCGUGGCCGUCGGGCCGUUCACCGAGAGCGAGUUGGACGUGGCCGAGAAGUUGUAUCGCCUUCGCCUGUUGAAGUGGCGCGAGCGAUUCGCGGCUCGUGAUUGGUCGUCGCCGCGUGUGUGUCAAAAAUGGCGAGCCAAUCACAAACGGUUUCUCGGACCGGCAAUUGGUCGAAAAUGCGACGCUGACAAAACAAUUGCGACGACAACGACGUCAAAAAUGAUCCCUGUGCAAACGGUCAAAAAUGCGUUCUCGACAUUUACGACCGCCGCGGAGCUCAUGUUACAGUCGCGGCAGCUGGACGUCAUGUUGAAAUCAGGUGUGCCACCUCAAUUGCGUGGCACUGUGUGGUGGAUGUGCAGUGGUGCGGCUCAGCUGCGCCAUGAAGCUCUCGAGUCGUACCCGUCGCUAUUGCAUCGGCUCCAUACAUUGACCAAGUGUGCGGAGAUGGACAUUGAAAAGGACCUACCACGGACUUUUCCACUGGCUCAGGGCCAGUUGGUGCAGGAGUCUCAAGCAGAGACUGGAGAGGACCAUUUUGGGGAAUUACGCCGCGUGUUGCAGGCUUAUUCGCUGCGGAAUCCCGAUGUGGGAUACUGCCAGAGCAUGAACUUUCUAGCAGCAGUGCUGCUGCAAAACAUGGGCGAAGAAGAGGCUUUUUGGGUACUCGCUGCAAUUGUCGAGGAGCUGACGCCGCAGUAUCAUACGCAGACAAUGACAGGCAGUCGGGCCGAUCAGCGCGUGUUUUCAGACCUCGUGACGCAGAAGUUGCCGGUGCUUGCGGGUCACUUGCACGCGCUCGGUGUGGACUUUGAACCGUUUACGCUCAAGUGGUUUCUGUGUCUCUUCUUGAACACGCUUCCCUUUGAACCGGUGAUGCGGAUUUGGGACGUCUUUUUCUGUGAAGGCAGCCAUGUGCUCUUGCGAGUGGGACUCGUGCUCUUGAAGCUGAACCAACCGCGGAUCAUGGCAUGUACCGAUGCACUGGACGUGUAUGAGAUGUUCAAGGUCUCGCACGAUACGUUGCAGGAGUUGACCGCACCCUAUCGAUCUGGACUGCUCAAUCGUGACGAAUGCGUUUGUGAUACGCUCCUUAGGCUUGCAAUGGACAAAUCCUUUCUCGGAGCGAUUCCGUUCGAUUCGUUGCACGAGUUGCGUCAAUACUACUGCCACGAGAUUGAAGCGGAAUUAAAGGAGGCUGAAGCGUAUCGACUUGAGCGUCGACAUGCUGCUGAAGCGCAGGCCUUAGCGAAAGCAAAUGCGCGGAAAGAAGAACGUGGAACGGGUAUCAAAGGCGACGCAGAUGAGACGUCCAGAGGCUGUAGUUCUCACGAUGGCGUCGAAGACCGUGCACUGAUGAUGGAGUACGAUUUUGUGGACGACUAUCUGGGUAACUACGGCUCGGAUGUGUCGUCCGCGCGCCACAUUCGGUUCCUGGAUUUAUACGACAGCGACGAUUCGACUGCCGACUACUUUGUGGACGUCAUGUACGACUUUACCUUGCAGCACCACUGCCGCUGA